UAAUUUUAUAUACAUAAAUAUAAAAUUGUCUCAUUAACUGUCAUUUGGACUAUGCAAGAUAUAUGUGGUUAAUAGUAAAACAGCAACAAUAGAUUCAACAAUGGCUUCUAAAAUUUUCAUUGUGUCUGUAUUUCUUAUUACAACAAUAGUAUGUGGAAGAAGUUGUCCAACAGAAUAUUCUAUAGAAACCGAUAGCACAAACACUGAAUGUACUGUAAGUUCUUCAAGUACAAUUAGGUCAAGCUCAAGUUCAAGUUCGAGUAGCGUUAGUAUUGUAAAGACAUCAAGCGGUAAAGAUAUAUUCGAUGUCUUCAGCAAAUAUAACAAAGAUCAAUUAUGCGCUUUCUACAAAGAGAAGAAUUUAUCUAGUAUUGAGAAUUUGUAUUUGGAUUAUAUCAAGAAUACUUCAGAUUCAACCAAAUUGACAGCGUACAAAGAUGCUUUGUAUAAACAUUAUUCAAAGGAAAGCUCUAUUGACACUGUUAUUACUGAACUAAAAGAAAUCGUUAGUUCCGUAACAUCUUCGAGCUCUAGUUCAAGUUCUAGUAGCGUUACCAAGAGCGUAAGUAUCGUAAAGACAUCUAAAGGAGAAGACAUUUUUGAUUUGUUUAAUGAUUGCAGUAACAAAGAUCUUUUAAACUUCUUUAAGGAAAGAGAUAUGAAACACAUUACAAAUUUAUUUGUCCAAUAUAAAAAAAAAGAAACAAAAGAGACUAAAGUUGCCUUUAGAAACGGAUUGUACGAAUACUACCAAAAUAAUAAAAAUCUUGAAACUGACAUUACUAAAAUAAGGAGUAUCUGUUCUUCAAACAGUUUCACCUCCGUCAAAUCUACAAGUAGUUGUAUCAGUGUCGUAAAGACAUCUAAAGGAGAAGACAUUUUUGAUUUGUUUAAUGAUUGCAGUAACAAAGAUCUUUUAAACUUCUUUAAGGAAAGAGAUAUGAAACACAUUACAAAUUUAUUUGUCCAAUAUAAAAAAAAUGAAACAAAAGAGACUAAAGUUGCCUUUAGAAACGGAUUGUACGAAUACUACCAAAAUAAUAAAAAUCUUGAAACUGAUAUUACUAAAAUAAGGAGUAUCUGUUCUUCAAACAGUUUCACCUCCGUCAAAUCUACAAGUAGUUGUAUCAGUGUCGUAAAGACAUCUAAAGGAGAAGACAUUUUUGAUUUGUUUAAUGAUUGCAGUAACAAAGAUCUUUUAAACUUCUUUAAGGAAAGAGAUAUGAAACACAUUACAAAUUUAUUUGUCCAAUAUAAAAAAAAUGAAACAAAAGAGACUAAAGUUGCCUUUAGAAACGGAUUGUACGAAUACUACCAAAAUAAUAAAAAUCUUGAAACUGAUAUUACUAAAAUAAGGAGUUUCUGUUCUUCAAAUUGUUCAUCCUGCAAGUCAAAAAGUCAUACUCAAGUGUGUAAAAAAUGUGUCUCUAAAGAUUCUAAAAAUAGUUCGAGUGAUGAAUCAAAAUCAAAUAAACGAAGUGUUGUUAGAAAUUCAAACGGCAAGGAUAUUUUUAACUUGUUUAAUAACUAUAAUCAAAAGCAGUUAUGUGCAUUUUUCAAGAAAAAAGGUAUGUCUGAACUUGAAAAAAUAUAUGUAGAAUAUAAAAAUUGUAAUUCAGGUAAAACAAAGAAAGCUUUUAAAUGUGCAUUGUACAAUUACUACUCUAAACAUUUAUGUGUUGAUACGGACUUAGCUGAAUUGAAAGAAUUCGUAAAAACUGCGUGUUCAUCAAAUUCUAACACAAAAUCUAGUUCUAUUUCAAAAAGCAUAUCUGUAGUUAAAACAUCAAGUGGUGAAGAUAUUUUCGACUUGUUAAAGAAAUAUAAUAAAGAUCAACUAUGUGCAUUCUUUAAAAAGAAGCGGCUAUCAAAUAUUGAAAAACAUUACUUAGACUACAUUAAAUGUACCUCAAACUCCGCUAAAUUAUCUGCUUACAAAAAGGCUGUGUAUGAUCACUAUUCUAAUAAUAAAUGCAUUGACACAGACGUUAAUGAUUUAAAAGAAUUUGUUAAAACCUUCUCCUCAUCCAGUUCUAGUUCAACUUCUGUUUCAAAAAGUGUAAGCUCAUCUGGUGUAAUGACUUCAAGUGGUAAAGACAUUUUUGAUGUGUUUGAUGAUUGUUCUGAAGAUAAAGUUGUUGGAUUUUUCAAUAAAAAAGGUUUAGCGGAUAUUGCAUCUGCAUACAAACGCUAUAAAUCAUCAGUGUGUGAAAAAAAUAGAAAUGCAUUUAGAGAUGCUUUAUAUAAAUAUUAUUCAUGCCAUAGUUGUGUAGAGCUUGAUGUAAAAGAAUUUAAUUCUUAUUCUUCAGCGACUUCAUCAUCAACAUCUUCAUAUUAUUCUGCAAAUGAAGUAUCAUCAUGUUCUUGUUCUUGUUAAUUCAAUUUAAAAAUAUUUUUUAAUUAUUCAAUGUACUCAAAAAAAUUGUGAUGUAUCAUGUUUGAUAUUUUUUUUAUUUAAAUAAAUCAAGUUUUUAAUCUCA